AUGCUCUCCCUUCUCCCCUCAACUCUACUCUCCCUCCUCUUUGCCCUCCCGGCCUUCUCCCACGCCUCUCCCUCCCCCGCCCUCGUAUCCAGCGACUUUGAAAUCAGCCUGAUCCCGCGUCACCAACUGUUCCUGCGACAGCUCAACGACCUGCAAAUAUUCACAUCCGCGCUGGGCGGCGUGCGCGCGUCGCCGAUUACGAACUCCGGGGAUACGGAACGCCCGUUUAGGGUGGAUGGGGACACGUUUAAUGAUUUCCAGAGCGCGGCUGGGAGGAGCUGUGAUAAUCAGUUUCAGGGGUGUCAGGCGGUUGCGAACGGGAAUGGUGGGCAGGUUAGGGCGCAGAGUAAUGGGGGUGGAGGGGGGAAUAGUGGGCAGCAGAGGAAACAACAGAGCGAUAAUGGGAACGGCAAUGGAAAUGGCAACGGCAAUGGAGAUGGAAAUGGAAAUGGGGACAAUAACAACAAUGGAGAUGGGAACGGAAAUGGCAAUGGAAACCAGAAUGGGAAUGGAAAUCGAGAUGGCAACGACAACAACAAUGACCGCAACAAUAACAACAACAACGACCGCAACCGCAGAUCAGAAGUUUACGCCAACGAGACCGAUUCCAUCCUAGACAAACGCCAGAACGGAGGCAUUACAGUCAAUCAAUGCGACGAGCAGAAGAAUCAGUGUAAGAGCGCACUAGAUGCCACCACGAUCAAGGACUUCAAUACCGCCUUGCAGUCGAUCAAUAUUGGGCCGGAUCCGAACUUUCCGGACUUUGAUUUGAUUUGUGAAGGGGCUUGA